AUGCAGCGUACAAAUCCAAUCAAUAUACCCCAGGCAGAUGAGACAUCAAUCGCCAAGAAAAUAGAGAACGUCGUAAAAUCCAUACAAAAGUACGAGUCAUCAGAAGAAAUAGAAACACGGUUCAAAUGUACUAAAUGUCACCUAUUAAUGUUAGAACCCAUGCAGAGUAGCUGUGGAUGCAGAUACUGUCAUCAAUGUAUCAGUGAACAUCUAAGAGUAAAUACAAAUAAAUGCUUUAAUAUCGAAUGCGAAGAGAUUACACAAGUACAACCCGACCGAGCAAUAGCUAAAGAAAUAGCAGGACUACAAAGAACGUGUCCUUAUCCAGAAUGUGAAUUUGAAGAAAAAAUAAUAAAUCUAGUCGAACAUACCAAGAACUGCUCUAAAGGACCUGUAAUGUGUGGAAAAUGUAAAAUGCUAAUAUUCAAACUCAAAGAAGAAGAACAUAUUAAAGAGGUAUGCCCCGUGACAGAAAUAAAAUGUGAAAAUUGCAAUUGUUUGAUUAUCCGAAAAUUAAUGAACAAUCACUUGAAUCCCAGAAAAUUACAGGUGUGCCAGGAACUAAUGGCCAAAUGCCCUAACAAUUGUUGCGAGGAACUAGUAAAAGUAUGUACCCAUAGAUUUACGUGUAUUAAAGAAAUUAAGGAAUGUCCAUAUCUCUGUAAAUUCAAAGGAACCCGAAUCGAGGUGAGUGAACAUAUGUUCAACAAAGCUAAAGACCAUAUUCAAGCUAUCACAACAAAUCUUGAACAAAAAAUUAACCAAUUGGAAGAGAACCUAAAGAAUCAUACCCUACAAGUGACAAUCGAUUUAGCCAGAAAGAUGCAGGAAAACAAAAACGAGUUAUGGAAUGCUAUAAAAGAGAAAACCAGUCAAAACAUUAUAUCGUUACCUUCAGCACCACCAGAUGGCCCAUAUCCA